UCUCGGCGCAUAUUUCUAUGCACAAGAGUAAUCCAUUGCUGAAACGGGAAAACUUGGAAAGAUGUGAUUACGUAAGUUUCUUCAAUGUUUGGAUAUUUUUCUGACUUUCCUUGAUAUUGGUCUGGGUUUAUAGAAUAUUUUAUUCUUAUUUAUCAGAUAUUAUUCUGGGUUGUUGAGAUAUUAAUCUGGGUUGUUAGGAUAUUAGUCAAUGAUUAACUCACUAACUUUAUUGUGUUUCAGAUCUUCUUUCCAAUGUAUCGAGAUGAUCACUACCGAGUGUACGUCGCUGACAUGAAGAAUAGGAAGACUUUCCUACUCGACAGCCAAAAGCCCAAUGCCCGAGUGGCUAAAGAGGAUCAUGGACCAGUAGGGAAAGUGAUUUUUGAGUAUGUGACCGAGUUCCUCAAAGAGCAGGGGGUCGAUUGUAGAUUGGAUGAGUGGGAAUUCAGCAUUGCUGACUUUCCUCAGCAAUUUGGCAUCGAUGAUUGCGGUGUAUUUGCUUGCCUUUACAUGGAGCUAUGGGCGGGUCACCUUCCGGUGCAAUAUAAAAACAGUUGGCCCAAGCAGCAACAUGUGGAGGAACAACGAACACGGAUUGCAGCUAACCUCCUGUAAUGGAACUAUAACGGCCACAAGGAUGCAAUAAUUCAAGGAGCAAAGGAUUGAAGUAUGCAGAAAGAGAAAGAGAAAGGGAAAAAGAAGAGAAAUUGAUUUUAGAUUUGUUUAGGUGUGCUGGAUAGUUUAUAAAACUUAACUUAGGGUUGGUUCAUAUUUAGGAAUGGUUGAUGGUUUGCAUUAGGAUGGAGGAUAUUUUGGUAGAUAUUGUCCUGUGAUUCCAGGAUACGUUUUUGUGGUGCAGUGGAUAUGAAUCCACUUGUUAAGGAUACUUGUCUGGGCAAACUUGAUAUGUACUGUAAUAUGUACAUAUAUUAGUCUGGGCUUUCUAGAUAUCAGUAUUAGCAGCAACAAAUACAAUAGUAUCAAUGAU